AUCUCGCACGAAAUGGCAUCUCCCGAAGAUGCUGGAUAUACCACUGCUUCGCUUCCAGCUUAAGCAGUAGGGAAAACCAAUUUUGACUCUGCUUCUUCUAUUCCCAUAUAUAAAUGUACCUUCCAUCCUCCAUUCUUCCCAUCACCUCUUCCCUGUCUUCUUCUCUCCAAUCGUUCAAGAAAUGGCAUUAGAAGGUCAAUUUCUGCAAAAUGUGGUGGUGUUGAGGCACGGCGAUCGGAUUGACCACGCAGAUCCUUCGUGGACAUCGUCGGCUGCACGUCCUUGGGAUCCAUACCUGACUGAAGGGGGUAAGAUGCGAGCAUUCUCCACCGGAAGAAAAUUGAGAGCUAACCUUGAUUUCCCUAUUCACAGAGUCUUUACUUCUCCUUUCACCCGUUGCAUUGAGACUACUAAUGAGGUCGUCGCUGCUCUCUGUGCUAUUAAUGAUGAUGGUUCUCAGGUUACCGGCGAUAAUUUAGAAAUUGACCCCUCAAAACUCAAGGUCUCUAUUGAGUAUGGAUUGUGCGAGUUCCUAAGUACCGAAGCUAUCAAAACUGAAUUGCUUCCAAAAGAUGGAAAAUUUGUUUAUGAAAUGUCGAAGCUUGAAGAGAUGUUACCAGCUGGGACAGUGGAUAGCUCUGUUGAACAUGUUUACCAAGGGAUGCCAAAGUGGGGGGAGUCAAAAACGGAUGUUAGGGACCGAUAUCAAGGGAUUAUUAAGGCCCUUGCAGAAAAAUAUCCUCACGAAAAUUUAUUGCUUGUCACACAUGCUGAAGCACUUGUGGUUGCAAUCUCUGCGUUACUGGAGAAUGUAGCAGUGUCUGGUGUAGAAUAUUGUGCAUAUCUGCAUUCAAGAAGACUAAGCUCCACCAGUGAAAGCCAGCCAGUAUUGAAUCCCAAAGAGUUUGAAUUAUGCGGCGAUUCUGGCAUGCACUACAGUCCUGUGGAUACCUCCUAGCAAGUUAAUGGAGGCUUCCUUCUGCCAUUGACUGCUUCUUUUCUUAAAAGUUAAGAACCCAUGAAGGGGAAUGAUAUGGGAGAUUUGUGUUCCUUACAAUAAUCACUCAUUUUUUCAGAAAGAAUUUGUGAAAUUUAUGUUGUUCUGUUCUUACUACUUGAAAUAGAAAAAAGGAGUUGGUACAAUGAAGUGAACUCAUACUAUGCUUGUUCUAGUUUGCUAUUUCUGCUCUGUUCUGUGGAAUUGCAGCCCCUAGGUAAUAGACUAUGAGAUGGUUAUGAACUCAUGUCUAUUCCUUCAUGUAGGAGAUAAAGUAGAGAGGUGAUGCAUCUUGAAUGUAUAGGUCUACGGUGAUUCGAAGACGAGAAGCUAUGCUUAAAUUGUGACAUUUCUCUGGCUACUGUUCCAAGGCUCCCAUUGUUUUUUUUAUAUGGUUAUGUAUUGUUCUGAACUAUCAUUUCAAUACUAAUGCAAAUUAGCUCCUAAAUAA